AGAAAGGCACAAGUGCUUUAGUGGGUCUUGAGACACCUAAUAAAUCGAAGACUAGUACAUACUAACAAAGUCCAUUACUCCUUUAGCUUUGCUUUCUUCAUUCUUGGGGAGAAAGGCGGUUACUCAACAUUUAAGCAAAGAAUCUUGUUGUUUGUUGUAAACAAUUCAUUCAUUUCUCUUAUAUACGACCCUUACUCUUUGCGAUUGUAACAGAAAAAUCGAAAACCCUAUGGAGGUCCUUCGAUCGAACCUUUCCCGUGUUCGUAUUCCUGAACCAACUACUCGUGUCUACAAGCACGAAUGCUGCAUUUCUUUCGAUACUCCGAAAUCCGAGGGCGGGCUGUUUGUUGAUAUGAAUACUUUUCUUGCAUUUGGAAGGGAUUAUGUUGGUUGGAACUAUGAGAAGACUGGGAACCCAGUUUAUUUGCAUAUAACGCAGACAAAGAAGACAGAUGCUGAAGAUAGACCUUCCAAAAAACCCACUCUCUUGGCUAUAGGUCUUGACGGAGGGUUUGACAAUAGUGAACCCCAGUACGAAGAAGUCUAUGAAAUAGUUAUGUUGCCUGAUAAUGUCACUCUUCCUUUCCCAUCAGUGGAAUUGCCUGAAAAGGUAAGAUUGGCUGUUGAUGCUAUUUUACUAGCUGAAGGUGCUGAGAGAAAAGAGCAACUUGCUUCCUGGACUGCUGACAAGAAGCUUGUCAGUAAAUAUGCCACGGAUCUUCAACAGCUUGACAAUGGUGUUACUGUUCCACCUGCGGGCUGGAAAUGUGCCAAAUGUGAUAAGACUGAGAAUCUUUGGCUGAAUCUAACUGAUGGAACUAUCCUAUGUGGUAGGAAAAAUUGGGAUGGAACUGGUGGUAAUGACCAUGCUGUUAACCAUUACAGGGAAACUGGUUAUCCACUUGCUGUAAAGCUCGGGACCGUAACUGCUGAUUUGGAGGGGGCAGAUGUUUUCUCCUAUCCAGAGGAUGACAGCGUUAUUGACCCACUUUUAGCACAACAUCUAGCACAUUUUGGUAUCGACUUCUCAUCUUUGCAAAAGACUGAAAUGACAACUGCUGAGAGAGAACUAGACCAAAAUAUUAAUUAUGAUUGGAACCGGAUUCAAGAAACGAGUGAGGAUGUUGAACCACUUUUUGGCCCUGGUUACACUGGAUUAGUCAAUCUUGGUAACAGUUGCUACUUGGCUGCUACAAUGCAGGUUAUGUUUUCAACGCGUUCCUUUUGUUCAAGAUACUACUUGAAUCAACGUCUGAAAGAAGCUUUCAGUACGGCUCCUGCUGAUCCGACUGUAGACCUUAACAUGCAGCUAACAAAGCUGGCUCAUGGCUUGCUUUCUGGUAAAUAUUCGGCUCCUGUUCUGGAGAAGGAUGAUACGGCGAAUGCUGCUAGCUCACAGAAACAGGAGGGUAUCCGCCCUCGAAUGUUCAAGUCAGUAAUAGCUGCUAGUCACCCUGAAUUUUCAACAAUGAGACAACAGGAUGCCUUAGAGUUCUUCCUGCAUUUUAUUGAUCAAGUUGAACGGAUAAACUCUGGGACACCUGAUUUUGAUCCAUCGAGGAGCUUCAAGUUCGGUAUUGAAGAACGCCUACAAUGUUCCUCAGGCAAAGUUACGUACAACAAAAGGAAUGAUUAUAUUCUCUCUCUUAAUAUUCCUUUGGAAAAGGCUGUAAAUAAAAAAGAACUAGCAGAGUUCCAAAAUUUAAAGGCUGAGAGAGCUGCAGAAGGAAAAGAACUGUCUGCUGAUGAAAUUGUUCGCCCAAGAGUGUCAUUGAAGGAUUGCCUAGAUUGUUUUUCAGCUCCUGAGGAGGUGCAUGAUUUUUACAGCACAGCUUUAACGGCUAAGACAACAGCUAUCAAAACUGCAGGUUUGACUUCUUUUCCAGAUUAUCUGGUUUUGCAUAUGCGGAAAUUUGUUAUGGAGGAAGGCUGGGUGCCAAAGAAGCUUGAUGUCUACAUAGAUGUCCCUGAAACCAUUGACAUAAGCGGCAUGCGAAGUAAUGGUCUUCAACCAGGAGAAGAGCUGUUGCCUGACAGUGCUGCUGGGGCUGGUGAGCAGGAGCAGUCAAUAAAGAUUCUGGCUGACGAGGAUAUUGUUGCACAACUUGUUUCAAUGGGAUUUAAUCUACUUCAUUGUCAGAAGGCUGCAAUCAAUACCUCCAACUGUGGAGUAGAGGCCGCAAUGGAUUGGUUACUUAAUCACAUGAAUGAUCCAGAUAUUGAUGCUCCUAUAUCAGAAAACACGCAAAAUCCUGACGUUGAUCAAUCUAAAGUUGAUACGCUAGUUUCCUUUGGUUUUGAAGAGAAACUUGCUCGUAAGGCCCUGAAGACAUCGGGAGGUGAUGUUGAAAAAGCUACUGAAUGGAUAUUCAGCAACCCUAGUGCUAGUACUGCAUCAGACAUGGAUGUUACAACUAGUAGUGAAGCUGCAGUUGAUCCCUUGAUGCCUGAUGGAGGAGGAAAAUACAGGCUUCUUGGAUUCGUGAGCCACAUCGGCACAUCCACCCAGUGUGGCCAUUAUGUCGCUCAUAUUCACAAAGAUGGUCGGUGGGUGAUUUUCAAUGAUGACAAAGUUGGGGUCUCGAAAAAUCCCCCUCUGGACAUGGGAUACCUCUACUUUUUUGAAAGACUUCAGAGUUGAACGAUGGACAUCUUGGAACAUGAUGAAAUGUUGGGAUACGCAUGCAGGAGCAAGCAACUUCUGGAAUCAUAGCUUGCUAUUCUCAUUUGUUUCGCAGGUUGAAUACAUACAACAGAUGUCUCAUGGCAUGCCUCACAUGCCUUAAUCUUUAGACAAAUUCAAAUCUCAAGUAGAAGAGUAUAAACUUCUUUAGGACCUGGAUUUUGAAAGAUUUUUCUUCCAUACAUGUAGCGGUCGUUUUGUUGUACUGGUUCUAAUAGAUUCGUUUUUUGCUUC